AAAACGGGCAAAGGGGAGGUGCUUUGAAGAGAGAAAUAGAGGAGAAAUAGCUGGAUGGGAGAGACAGACAGAGGGAGAGAUACAGACAACGAUACAGAAACAUACUGAGGGCGAGUGAGAUAAAGCACGACUACAGGGGAGGGCAACGCUAACAGUUUAUAAAUGCUCAGUCCGCGUACUGGUGGGGACUAGUAAACAAGCAGAUCGGUAAGCGGGAAGAUGGAUGUACAAAUGGAGAACACGGACCCCCCGCCUGGUGAAUCCCAGCCAAGUGGAAAAAUCAGAAAAGGAUUCAAGCUGUUUGGCAAACGCAAGGCAGGUAGCAUCUUCUCCAUUCGAAGCAAAGGAGACGGGAACAAGAAGUCACCUGUGAUCGGGAGCAAAAACCAAAACGGGUCAUCAGAGCCCACUGCAGCAGAUUCUGAACUGGAGUCAGAGCACGGAAAGGGACAGGAGGUGAGUCAAGGAGAAAGUGAACAGGCUGAGGAAGAGCAUGUUGGAGAAGAUGGCGUUUUGGCUGCAGCCCCUCCUCGCGCCUCUGUUUCCUCAACCGGGUCAGCUAAGUCCCUCAGUUUCUUGUCGUUACUGAGGGGAGGCCGAAGAGGAGCAGGGGACCGCAGAGUUCAAACCGUUUCCCAACCGGUGGAACGACAACGUCGUGGGCUGAAGGGUCUCUUUGGCAGUGUUCGGUUUCGUGUGAAAGACAGGGAAGGCCAGGAGGAAACGCCUCCAAGCCCACUUCUCAUGUCAUCCCGCACCAACAGUGUGGAAAUCAUCAAAGAGGACCUUCCCCUCACCCCCAAAUCCCAGUCACGCUCUGUGGGAAGCCCCAAGUCAGAGCCUGCCAAGGAAUUAACGCUACAGGACAGCUCAGCUACAUCUUUGUCAGAGAAACUAACUCUCCAGGUGACAUCAGGCAAUAAAACUAAUGAGCAUGUGACGCCAUUACCCACCCCUGAACCACCCAUGGUACCAGGCGAUAACAGUUUGAGCUCCUUGCUGGCAGACCUGUCCUCUCUCUUGACCUUUGACUCAAUCUCAGGGGGUGGAGACAUCAUUGCUGAUGUGGAGGCAGAGUGGGGCAAAGCCAGCAGUAUCAUCAGUGCUGCUGUGACUGAGGUAACAUCUCCAUCCGCAACACUGCUACCCAAAACCACCACCUCUACACCACUAACUUCAACACUCAUGAGCAUGGCUACUUCAGUCAAACCCUCUCCACUAGCUUUCUCCAAUACAUCCCCAACAAUAUCCUUUACUUCUACAACAAAGACAACUUCAGCCUCAUCCCCCAAUGCUAAGCCGAGCAUCACCAGUACUUCAGUCAAAUCUUCCUCUUUUACUACUAGUUCAGUCACAUCAAGCAUGGACUCUAGUCCAGCUACUGAAAGUACUUGCGUUCCACCUAAACCAAUGUCUACACUCAUACCGCCAACAAAACCUUUAACUCCUCCUGUGACAUUAACAAGUGUUUCAACUCCCCUUAUAUCAGCGACUCCAGUAACACUAAAAUCCACGGCAAGCUCCACCUCUACUCUUACUACAGCUCCUCUAAAAUCCACAGCUGCUGUUAUCCAAACUCCCUCAAUUAGUCCAACUCUGACUUCUUCCUCUGCCAAGGUAGCUACAGAGAUCACUGCACUUCCGCAAAUUACUACUCCAGUAAGUACGUCUAGCCAUGUGGCACCACCUCCUCCUGCUUCAACUAAGGCACCACUAGCCCAUAGCCCGCAUUUAACCCAUUCUCCACCUGCCAAAUUGAAUUCAACUGUCUGUUUGAACUCACAAACCACCUCUUCAAACAUACCACCACAAGUGUUAAUUGCAGAAGAAUCUAAACUAUCAGUGCCAGUGGCAUCAAUGGACACUUUAACAACACAAAUCUCUGCUCCGGUCCCAAUUGUCUCCCCCAAGAUGGCAACAGUUCCUACAUCAAGACCAAUCACAACCUCCGUACCAGUGAGUUUCUCCAAGCCUCCACCCUCCCUGGGUCUGGUGGAGUUCAGUGCAGUUUCUCCCUCUCCUGUAAGAGAUCUUUGUUCUUCCAGUACACCACCAAUCACAGCUUCAACUAAAACUCAACCAUGCCCUGCUUAUGAACAAACUCCCCCUUCUUUAGAUAGGAUUUCAACCACCACAGUCUCUUUAGACAAGAUGCAACAUGCUUCAACAUCUAGUCUACAAUUCGAGUCUCCUGCUGUCAUAGCUAAAGCUUCACCAUCACCCCCUGCUCAGGUCACUAAACUGCUUCCAGCUGCUGCUUCUUCUGCAUCUCUAACUCCAGCACCUUUGCUUGGUGAAGCUCCAGCCCCUGCUAAAAUCAAAGCAAGUGGACUUUCCAUUGUAGAUGGUCGUUUGGCUAUGCUGAGUAGCGCAGAUGCUCAUGGGGCUCAGGUGUCAUCAUCCAAAACAGAUGAACUGCAGAUUGACUCACGCAGCAACCUCCAAGCCUCCACCAAAGAAAGGAGGACACAACCAGCAAAGGCAGCAGGGCUGAGUAAAAUACCUGUGGUUGGAGGAGGUCGAUCAGGGAAGUUACCUGUACGGGACAACCAACAUGUCGACAACGAAGGGGGUGUGGACCCUCCUACUCCUGUCCUACAAGAGGAGCACCUUUUCAGCCCACAUGAUGAAGGUAGCAAAGACAAGAUCAUUGAUGUUGAAGUUAAAGUUCCCACUUCAAAACAAACACAUGAGGAGAAUCAGGGGGCUCAUCAGCAAAAAGUGGUCACCAGUACACCACGUGACUCCAAGAUCCCCGUCAAACAUGCUGCACAAUCUCACGGUCAAACUAAAGAGGCCCCGCGCACGAAGAUACCCGUGUCCAAGGUUCCUGUUCGCAGGAGUGGUAAUAAAACUGCAGCAGCAUCUGGAAGCACCCAGAUAAGAAAAUAAAAAGUACUGGAUCAGUCACCAACACAUUUUAGAUUUACUGCAGCUUUUCCAACUUUUAGAACAACAAGCCCUUUUAAAAAUCCAUGUUUCCAUAUUGGAUUUUUUUCCUCUCUUUUUUGGCUUGUUAUUCUGCCAUCUCUCUCAAGUACAUCACACUGUUAGUAGUCCAAUAAUAACAGAGUGGAGGAGGCUGAUACAUAAGCACAAAACAUCUCCACGAGGACUGUCAGCUCUCUGGUGCUGAGCCAAUCAUACCGACACUGAAGACGGGACGGGAUCGGCAUCCGCAGUAAUUAAAGACAAGCAAGUGAGCGGAUCUUCUAAGAGUGACACAGGAGAAACACACAACACGGAUGAGUGCCUUUAACAGGUGCUUUUCUUACAGAUACCCAAAAUAAAAAUCUUUUUUAUUGGACUUUUAACAUUUAUUACUCCCACUUUUUGCAGGACCCAUCAAACCGUUCUUUCCAGCAAUUCUCUUUGAUAACGUUGAAUCCCUUUACCUUUUCUCAACAGCAGCUCUCUAUAAAUAAAUGCAACAAACCACUUCACAUUCCACCAAUCUCUUGAUGUAUGUAGCAGAAAUGUUGUCAGUUUUUGCACAACUUUGUUGACGUGUACAGCGCCUGCUCGUAAGUGAUACGGUCGUAUCUCACUGUGAUGAAAGGGAGGAGAAAUGGAUAACGGACAGGAGCCAUUGGGAAUGGCACAGAAUUUCUAAUUUGAGUGAGACUGAGAUGAGAUCAUCAGCUCUGAAACUGGCACAUCCCUAUCCUUUCCCUGCAGAUAAUGAGAUUAAGAGAAUAUCUGUGUAUAGUCUUAUAUGUGUUGUUAUGUUUCCUAUUUAAUCAUUCAUAACAAUAAUAAAAAAUAUGAGUGUUCCUUAAA